AUAAUAGAACCUAAGGUAGCUCACUCGGCAGUUGUAAAACUCAAAUCUGCGCCAGCUCACUCGGAAUCUACGCCUUACUCAGCAGUUGUAAAACUCAACUCUACGGAAGGGAAUAAAACAGCUACGACUGAACAUGUUGAUCUCAACGAAAAUCCGAUAAUUUAUAAAGUUAGAUUACAAUCAGACAAUAAUAGAACUCGUAUUUUAUACUUGGUUUACGAAGAUAAUCUUAAUUUACUUAAAAAAAUGAUUAAAUGGAGAAAAGAUAAUGAUUCAAAAUCAAUGGAAGAUGCAAUCGAUGAAUUUGGUGAUUCGGAAUCAAUGGCAGAUGCAAUCGAUAAGUUUGGUGAGAAAAAUGAUAGACGAAACGUUUGUGAUGCUCUUGCUCGAAUUAUAUAUGAUCAGAAAUUUCCAGAUUUCAUCUUCAAAUUUGAUUCGGAACAUGAGUCUACAGAUGAUAUCGAUACGGAUCAUGUAGAUACAAAAAGUUCUCGUCGAAAAUUUGAGUUGCUGCUCUUGUUAUCAGACUUAUUUGUCGAACAUGAGAUUGACUCCACUAAAAAUGUUACAUAUGUUAAAAUCUGGACACCUUUUAUGGCACUAUGUGAAGCUGCAGAAGAAGUACGUAUAAAAAAGGAAUUGGAUUUAAGAAUAGAUCACAGUGAAAUCACGGAAAGUCAAGAAAACAGCAAUGGAACUAACAAAAAACCACGAUUCUUUAAUAAAAUUUAUCAGUUUUUGUAUCGGAAGAUAUCACCAUAUUUUGUUUAUAAAGUAAACCUUGAAAAAAAAUUAUCUUUCUUCCAAAUGGAUCAAUUGAAAAAAUACAAAGGUGCAUAUGGAUAUAAACGGUAUAGCGAUAUUGCUUUACAUUUUUGGAGCAGCUCAAACCGCAGUUUAUUGACAUACCAUCGCAUAAUCGAUGCAAAUCAACUUAAACCUAAAUUAGACAAUCAAAUAGUAGAACAAACAGUACGUCUGAGAUCCUUAGGAUUUAAGCAGUUAAUAGAAAAAAGAGUAUAUACUGCUUUUUAUCCUCUACAUGAUGGGGAAAUAGAUGAUCGGGAAUUCAGAAAUCCAGAAAAAUCAUAUAAUAAGAAACUAGAAAAUCUAAGAUCAAUACUUUAUGAAAGCUGGAUUAAAAGUAGAAAAAGACAACCUCUAAGUGAAAUCAGAGAAUAUUUGGGUGAAAAAUUAGCAAUAUAUUUCGCAUGGCUUGGUCUAUAUGCCUCAUGGUUGUUUGUUGCAUCUAUUUUUGGAAUUAUCACCAUUAUUUAUGGUAUUAUCGACUACGCAACAAUUGAUAACGAUAACAAUGUCACAAUUGUAAGAAUUUGGGAUAAUGCAUUUACUAUUGUAUUUGCUCUCUUUAUGUCCAUUUGGGCAACUUGUUUUUUGGAAUCAUGGAAACGUUAUAAUGCUGCACUUGCUCAUGACUGGGGUGUUAGCCAUUUUAAAGAAACUGAACAAUCUCGUCCAGGUUUUCAUGGAACUGAAACUCGACAAUCGCAAGUAACAAACAAGCAAGAAAUAAUUUUUCCACUAAAUAAAAGAUUGCAACGUUACUUCCUUUCGAUAACACUUACUAUUACAUCGAUGCUUAUAGUAAUUGCGACAAUCGGUUCUCUCUUGUUAUUUUCAAAAAAGUGGUUUUACUAUGGUCCCAUUUGGAGUAGCGUUAUAUCAAGCACUAUCAAUUUGGGAGUAGUCCAUACCCUAAGUCUGUUCUACAAAACGCUAGCUAGAAAACUUACUGAACUUGAGAAUCUUAAAACUGAGACAAGCUUUGAAGAUUCUCACAUUUUAAAAGUUUAUCUUUUCGAUUUCAUCAACUUUUAUGCUGCACUUUUUUACAUUUUAAUGCUCAAGGAUCUGGGUCCCAAAAUAUUUCCUGGCGAACGUGGUUUUGAAGGAUGUGAAGGUGGUAAUUGCAUGACAGAACUUACCAUACAACUCGCUAUUAUUCUUAUUGGUAAACAAGCUAUAGGACAGUUGCAAGAACUUGGAUUACCGUUACUUAAGAAAAAAUUGGAUGCGUUUAAGAAUAAAUUUAUCGCAUUUAUACUCUGUAAGAACAAAACUUCUAAAAAAGAACCGGAUGAAGAAAUCGAAGUCGAUAAGGAGUUAGCUUCUAUCAAAGUCUUGAAGGAAUCAACUUUGUAUCCAUGGAUUAUAGAUGAUGAUUUAUUGCCAACCGAAAAUGACGAUCUCAGAGAAGAAUAUGAGGAAAUGACUGUUCAAUUUGGCUUUAUCGCUCUUUUUGCUACUGCUUUUCCUUUAGCACCGUUGUGUGCUUGGUUUAAUAAUUACUUAGAGAUUCGAACAGAUGGUUAUAAGUACAUUAAGCAAAAAAGACGACCAAUCAGCUCAUUUACACAAACUAUUGGAAUGUGGGAUAAUAUCAUUUAUGUGAUUUCAAUUUUAGCUGUGCUCACUAAUGCUGCAAUUUUAGCUUUUCAUUCAAGUUAUAUGAAAAAGAAAUUUGAAGAAAUUGUCGGAGAAGAUGGGUCUUUGCUUAGUGCUCGUUUAGUAUUCAUUUUAGCAUUUGAGAAUUUUGUUCUGUUCGUCAAAUUUCUAGUUGCAUAUUUUAUACCAGAUGUGCCAAAUUCUCUAAAAGUGGCGAUAAAACGUCAUGAGUAUUUAGAAAGAGUUGCCAUCGCAAAGAAAGAUCUCGCUUCCGAUGAGUACUUUGAGGACAAAGAACACAAACGAUCGGCUAAUUUGACCGAACUUCUAAAAAUUGCUACAAAUUGUAUAAACGAUUACAAG